UCCUACGCUUCUCCCCACCUCCUCUACACAACUUCCACAACCUUUACCCAGCGACCACACGACAACCAAUUUCCCCUACACAACCACACACAUCCUCCAAUGUUCAUCUUCAAAAUGAAGAAGCUCACCUUCCACUCCUUGAUGCUAUAUGUCUUUCUCCAGAUGUCCCUGGCUUUCUUCUUCAUCAUCGAGGGAGUUUAUGGCAUCUUUGUCGCCAGGAACUGGCUCUGCCACCCGACCGAGCACUACGAACUCGCUAUGGAUGGCACCUCCAGCGGCUUCCACACCGUUGUUGAAGACUCCGUCUGCCAGAGCGCCCGGCUCGCCUCCAAGGUCCUACUCGGAUGUUUUUUGAUCGGCAUGCUUGGUCUCUCGUGCUCCAUUUGGAUGUUGCACAGCUACAUUCAGAUGAUCUGUCGCAACAACAACAACAUCGUCCCCGUCGAGCUUCAGUCCGUCGAGGUCAUCGACGCUCAGCACGUUCCGGGUACCGACGACGACCACGCGAAGCAGGCCGUUUCUGCCAAGGAGAGGACCUUCAACCGAGACUCUAUGGAUACUGUCGUCCUUUCUUAA